UGAUGCAUAAGCAAGUGGUAACAUUAAAACCCACCCCAAUUCAGCAGCAGCUGCAGGAAAAUUGCGUUAAUGAAACUUAACGAAGUAGCCGUCAAAGUAGGCUUGAAAAUAUAUAUAUAUACACACAUAUAUAUGGUGCAAGUCUGCAAGAGAAACAGAGGACCAGGAGAUACUGAUGAUGGUUUUUAUUGAGGAGCUAGAGAGAGAUGUGGAGGGCAUCAGGGAAUACUAUAGGAGUGGGAAGACCAAGGAAGCAUCGUGGAGGAUAUUACAGCUUAAAGGGUUACUUCUUUUUCUUAAAGAGAAAGAGGAAGAUAUCUUCAAAGCCCUAAAACAAGAUUUGGGGAAACAUCACUGCGAGGCAUAUAGAGAUGAGGCUGGAACCUUGAUAAAGUCCAUAAAUUAUGCACUAAGCAACAUGAAGCAAUGGAUGUCAUCCAAAAAGGCUAAACUCCCAGCAGUUGCUUUAUUGUCGUCGGCAGAACUGGUUCCAGAGCCUCUUGGUCUUGUCCUCAUUUUCUCCUCUUGGAAUUUUCCCAUUGGGCUGUCACUGGAGCCACUGAUUGGAGCAAUAGCUUCAGGUAACACGAUGGUACUAAAGCCUUCAGAGUUGGCUCCUGCAAGCUCUUCUCUUCUCGCAAAUGCUCUUCCUUUAUACCUCGAUAACAAAGCCAUCAGGAUUAUUGAAGGAGGUCAAGAAGUUGGCCAACAACUCCUACAGCAGAAAUGGGACAAGAUCUUCUUCACAGGUAGUGCAAGAGUGGGGCAGAUGGUUAUGACAGCAGCAGCAAAGCAUCUAACCCCUGUUACUCUUGAGUUGGGUGGAAAAUGCCCUGCCAUCAUCGAUUCAUUCUCAUGGUCUUGGGACAAAGAGGUGGCAGCAAACCGGAUCAUUGGAGCCAAGUAUGGGUCUUGCGCUGGUCAGGCAUGCAUAGCAAUUGACUAUCUUCUAGUGGAGAAGAAAUUUAGUCCUACUUUGGUGGACUUAUUGAAGGUCAGGAUUGAAAACAUGUUUGGUGAGAACCCAAAAGCAUCAAACAGUAUGGCACGGAUCAUAAACAAACAACAUUUCUUUCGAUUAAAGAAUCUUUUGAAUGAUCCGGCGGUCAAGGAUUCCAUUGUCUAUGGUGGUUCAAUGGAUGAAGAAAACCUGUUCAUUGAGCCAACAAUAUUGUUGGAUCCCCCGCUAGAAGCUGGAAUAAUGAGAGAUGAAAUCUUUGGUCCAUUGCUUCCCAUUAUCACUCUCAAUAAAAUUGAAGACGGCAUUAAUUUCAUAAACUCAAGGCCUAAAGCACUUACAAUAUAUGCCUUCACGAAUAAUGAAACGUUGAGGAGGAGAAUGGUCUCCGAGACAUCAUCAGGGAGCUUAGUAUUCAACGACGCGCUUAUUCAAUAUGCAGCAGAUAGCUUACCAUUUGGAGGGAUUGGAGAGAGCGGGAUGGGGAAGUACCAUGGGAAGUUCUCAUUCGAUGUGUUCAGCCAUCACAAGGCGGUAGUGAGGCGGAGCUUCCUGACUGAUUUUUGGUUCAGGUUUCCUCCAUGGAAUAAUCAGAAGCUGCUGCUCCUUGAGUCAACUCUCUCUUUUCGUUAUCUUGGAAUUCUACUUGUCUUGCUUGGCUUGAAGAAGACCAGAAAUAGCACAAACAGGAACUAGUGAAAAUGAAGAAAGUAUGUCUCGCAUGCAUAUAUACAUGAGUUUGGGGAACUACUAUAAGUUUUUGAUAAUGGAUUCUGUAUCCUUUAUUUGAUAUAUAUAUUUUUAGGUUUUAUUUACAGAGUUGAUUACAU